ACACCUGCAUGCAGUUUGAGGCGCUAAUGACUGCAGGCAGGCAGAUUGUACAUCUGUGGUGUUGCUGUCUUCAGCUGCCUUUCCUCAGGAGAACCCUGCUCAACCUGAUCCCAAACUGCUGCUGCUAAUCCCAGCAGAUCAGUGGAAGGGGAUCUGCACCGCACACACCUCAGAGGGCUAGCAGCAGCUGACCCUACACCAUGGACUUCAUCCUCCACUUGCUGUUCUCGCCUCUCCCGACCACAGUGGCCAUCUCACUGAUCGCCGUCGGUGUUGCCACCUUGUUUUACCUCAAUGCACGGCCCAGUCCACUCCGCAGCCCAGCCGACCUCAACCGCCAGACUUUGGGAGUCAAGGAUGGUGCCAGAAAAACUGCCUUGUUGGAGGACAACAACAACCUUAUGUCGUAUCUCUACAAUGAUGCAAAGACCCUAUAUGAGGUCUUUCAAAGGGGCUUGAGAGUUUCAGGUAAUGGACCGUGUUUGGGCUACAGAAAACCCGGGAAGCCUUACCAGUGGCUGAAAUACAAACAGGUGUCUGACAGGGCACAACACUUGGGGUCAGGACUCCUACACAAAGGUUUGACGCCCAGCUCGCAAACAUUCAUCGGCAUCUUUGCUCAGAACAGACCUGAGUGGAUUAUUGGUGAGCUGGCGUGUUACACCUACUCCAUGGUAGCAGUCCCCCUGUACGACACGCUGGGUCCUGAGGCCCUAGUCUUUAUUAUCAACCAAGCUGACAUCUCCACAGUGCUCUGUGACAACCAGAAGAAAGCUGAGACAUUGCUGCUCAACCACGAAAAAGGCCAGACUUCAGUUCUCAAAACUGUUGUGCUCAUGGACCCAUUCAGUCCUGACUUAAUCGAGCGAGGAAAGAAGUGUGGGGUGGACAUCAUUUCCCUGGAGGACAUGGAGGCACUGGGGAAAAGUAACCUCCAAAAGCCAGUACCGCCAAGGCCAGAGGACCUCAGCAUCGUUUGCUUCACCAGCGGCACUACAGGAAACCCGAAGGGUGCCAUGUUAACGCACGAGAAUGUUGUUGCUGAUGCUGCAGCGGUCGUCAAAAGCUUUGAGACAUCCUUAGUUCCAUGUCCUCAGGAUGUCACCAUUUCCUUUCUGCCUUUGGCACACAUGUUUGAGAGGAUUGUCCAGACAGUGGUUUAUGGUGCUGGGGCCAAAGUGGGGUUCUUCCAGGGGGACAUUCGGCUGCUGCCAGACGACAUGAAAACUCUGCAGCCAACAAUUUUCCCGGCGGUGCCUCGACUGCUCAAUCGAAUCUACGACAAAGUGCAGAGCGGAGCCAAUUCCCCCUUUAAGAAAUGGCUGCUGAACUUUGCUACAGCGAGGAAAUAUGCUGAGGUAAAGGAUGGCAUCGUCAGAAAAAACAGCAUUUGGGACAAACUCAUCUUCAACAAAGUCCAGGAGUCUCUGGGGGGCCGUGUGAGGUUCAUGGUGACCGGAGCAGCACCCAUAUCACCAUCUGUUCUCAGCUUCCUUAGGGCUGCUCUGGGUUGCCAGAUCUUUGAAGGAUAUGGUCAGACAGAGUGUGCAGCAGCCUGCACUUUCACCUUGCCAGGAGAUCACACUACUGGUCAUGUUGGAGUGCCUCUGCCUUGUAAUUUCUUGAAGUUGGUCGACGUGGAUGAAAUGAACUACUUUGCUUCAAAUGGUGAAGGGGAGGUGUGCAUUAAGGGCACAAAUGUGUUCAAGGGAUACCUUAAAGACCCAGAAAAGACCGCAGAGGCCUUAGACAAGGAUGGUUGGCUCCACACUGGUGAUAUUGGCAAAUGGCUUCCGAGCGGAGUCUUAAAGAUCAUUGACCGAAAGAAGAACAUCUUCAAGCUGGCUCAGGGGGAGUACAUUGCCCCAGAGAAGAUUGAGAACGUGUAUGUCCGCAGUGCACUUGUGGCCCAGGUGUUUGUGCAUGGAGACAGUCUGCAGUCCUGCCUGGUUGCCAUAGUUGUCCCAGACGCUGACGUCCUGCCAGGUUUUGCGAAAAGUCUUGGCAUCCAGGGCUCCAUUGAAGAACUCUGCAAGAACACAGAAAUUAAAAAAGCCAUUAUCACAGAUAUGACCAAACUUGGAAGAGAGUCAGGUCUCAAGUCAUUUGAGCAGGUGAAAGAGGUGCACCUCCACCCUGAGCUCUUCAGCAUCGAGAACGGCCUGUUGACCCCCACCCUGAAAGCAAAGAGGGCCGAGCUUAAAGUUCUCUUCCAGCCACAAAUCGACGAGCUUUAUGCCAACAUCCAAUAAAUGAAACCCUCAGAUACUCACA